AUGGCAGACGGCGCCGAACCUGCUUUUCGGUUCAACUUUGGAAAGGAAGAGUCAGACAAAAUACAGGAGGAGCAGGGAGCUCCUGAAUAUAAUGAACCAGCAGCUGAGCUUGUUCAUCGACCGCAGCCGGGCGUCGCAUUCUACACGGAGGAGGUAUCCAUUGCGGAGAGCUUGGCGCUUGUGAAGGGCAUCAUCAGCAGUGACGAAGCUGCCAACAUCCUUUCCGAUAAGCGAGUAGCGUCCAGCGACCUGGUGCCCGGAAAGUAUGAAGGCGGCUUCAAGCUCUGGGAGUGCUCCCUAGAUCUCUGCAAGAUGCUGCUCCAACGAUACCACGUGGUUCCGGAGCGAGUACUCUCGGAUCCGGAGCUCGCCUCGGAGUUGCAGGGCAAAAAGGUGUUGGAGCUCGGCUGUGGACACGGACUGCCCGGCGUCCUAGCGCUCAUGUGCGGCGCGGAAGUGCACUUCCAGGACUACAACCAGGAGGUUAUACGGCGGCUUACCAUCCCCAACGUCAUCUCCAACAUGGAGCGGCUGCCCAGGUCGCGAUCCCGGCCCUCUGCGAGGUACUUCUCCGGUGACUGGCGGCUUGUGGGCGAGCACCUGACCAGUAAGGGCUACGGCGGCCACUACGACCUGAUCCUGUCCUCCGAAACCAUCUACAGUGUACCCGCACAGGAACGGUUGCUGGAGUGCAUUAAACAAUUGCUGCAGCCGCCUCACGGAGUGGCGCUGAUCGCCUCUAAGCGGUACUACUUCGGUGUGGGGGGCGGCAUGAAGAGCUUUCGCAGCCUGGUGGAGCGCGACGGAAUCUUCGAGGCGAGCAUUGUGGCGCAGGUGGGGGAUAAGGCCUCCGGGAACGUACGCGAGGUGCUGAUGCUCAAUUUCCCGGCGGCCAUUCAUCCCUACUUCUUGUAA